AUGAAAGACUGCAUUGUGAUCACCUCACCUUCUCUAGUAAAAGAGGUGGUAAGGGAUCAAGAUGUCAUUUUUGCUAAUCGGGGAAAUCCCACUGUUGCUGUAAGGAGCUUUUUGUUCGGGACAAUGGAUAUUUCUUUCUCCAAUUACGGGCAUGAAUUGCGAAAGAUGAGGAAGGUUUUUGUCAGUGAGAUGAUGAAUAAUGGUGAUACACUGAAAGGGGGCAAGAGUAAUACUGUUAAUGCUGAAUUUCGAGCUCUCAGAACUGAACAAAUGGAACACCUAGGGGCACCAAAUACUUCAGACCUUUUUCCUUUGCUUGCUAGAUAUGACUUACAAGGGAUAGAGCGCAGAAUGAAGAUAAUUACUCGUCGCUGUGAGAAUAUACUUGAUUCAGCCAUAAAUAAUCACAACUCAGGAGAAAAUAAUAAGCAGAAGGGUUUCCUUGGUCACCUCUUGCAUCUUACCAAGUUUGAAAAUCCAGCAACUUCUCUAACCUUGCCUCAAGUUAAGGCCUUACUAAUGGAUGCUGUGAUUGGGGGAACAGAUACAACAGCUACUACGGUUGAGUGGGUUGUGGCGGAGAUGUUGCAACAUCCACAAGUAAUGAGGAAAGUUCAAGAAGAAUUGACUGAGAUUGUGGGAUUAAACAAUAUAGUUGAAGAGGUUCAUUUGCCCAAGUUGAAGUAUCUAAAGGCAGUUGUGAAAGAGACACUUCGUUUGCACCCAUCUAUUCCUCUUCUUUUUCCUCAUUGUCCGAUCAAGGCUUCUAUAUCUUCAAUUCCAUUUGGUUCUGGAAGGAGAAUUUGUCCUGGUAUUUCACUUGCAGAGAGGAAUUCAAUGCUUGUAUUAGCUUCACUACUGCAUUCUUUCCAUUGGAAUUUACCGAAUGGUUCUGUGGAGGUUGAUACAUCUGAAAGAUUUGGAAUCGUCGUGAAGAAAGCAAAACCUUUGUUUGCUGUCCCAGUCUCUCCAGUUCUGUUUGGCAAUCUAUUAGAGAACGCUGAACACCAUUACUUAUCUGGUCGGUCUGGUGAUUGA